AUGCGAAAUAUCAACUCGGUGAAGCGAGAAUUCCUCAAAAAAUGGAUGUGGGGUAUCAGAAAAUACAGCUCUCAGAAGAAGAACAUGAGUCUGUUGGAGAGAAAGAAAGCCAUAAAGCUGUCAGCAGAUUUGGCCAUGGCUUCCACCAGAAACAAAACCACUCGCUGGAGCAAGGCCCUCAUAGCCAAUGCUUCCAAAGACGGCAACAACAAAGUCCACACGGAACACGUGCUAGGCUCAUCACCACCGCCACGGAGGGUAAGGAAAAGCUCCACGAAUUAUUCCCACGGCACAAGGAUCAGAAGCUGCAGAAACACCUGGAGGAGAAACCGUGCAGUCCACAGACCAAAGGAUAGGUCGGUGGCGAGUUUCAUUGCCAAGAAGCUGGUCCAGAAGAGAACCCGAAGGCUCAAGAGUCUCUUACCAGGAGGAGAAUUCAUGGACGGUGUGUCUCUGGUUGAAGAAACCCUAGAUUAUAUACAAUCACUGAAAGCUCAAGUUGAAGUAAUGAGAUGUCUUGUCACUGCCUCAGAGCUCAUGAUCCUCAAUCCAUCGUAA